AUGUAUUAAGAAACCCAAAACAAGAAAAUCACUUUCAAAUUUCUUAAUGUAUAGAUAAUUUAUAUAUUAGUAAUUGAAACUUAUGAUUAAACCAUCUUAAAAAGUUAUAUAGAUAUCUCAUGCAUUAGUAACAUUAUUAAGUGGAACAAUAGCAUCAAUUCAAGGAAAUUAAAUAAAGUCUGAUUGGUAAUCAAUAAAAUAUUGUUUACGAAAUACUAAUGAGAUUCUAGAAAUUAUUAAUGAUUCAUAAACAUUUUAAAAAAGAGUACGUUUUGAAAAUUUAGAAAAAUCAAUGCAGAUUUUAUAAUAAAUUCAAUAAUAAAAUGAAGAUGAAUAAAAUGAUGGAACAUUUGAAUUAAUAUAGGAUACUUUAAAUUAGUUGUUAGCUAUUGCAAAGUCUUUGUUUAAGAAUCUAUUAUUGUGUAAAAAAAGUAAUUCAAGAAAUAGAUCAUUAAGUUAAUAAGGGUUUUAGAAAAUGAAUAAACUAUAAUAAUCCCAGAAGUCAUUUAGUAAUAAGACAAAUAUCUCUUAAUCACAUUUACAUCAAAGUAAUUGUAAAAUCAAUAGACCAAAAAGCCAAUAAUCAAAUCUCAGUUGUAGUCGUUCUUCAUCAAAAUCUAAAGACUAUUAAAAACGUGUAAUAGAAGCUCAAACUAAAAAAGUAUAUUGUAAAUUAAAGAUAGUAAUCAAGAUUGGAUAGAAUAUUAAAAUUGUAGACUAAUAAGCCAUCAGCUACAUCAUAAAUUAAAUAAAUGAUAGAGGGUCAAUAAUCUUUAAAUAGAUCAUAUAGAUCAAACAGUAAGGAAUCAUUGAUGAGAUAAGAAAUUGAGAAGAAUAAAUAAAUAAUUAAGAAAAUGAAAUAAUAAGAAAAUGCUAUUAAAUGGGAAAUAGAAAGAGAGAGCAAAAGAAUUAGGGAAAAUGAUAUAGUAAAUUAGAUUCAAGAUGAAAUUAAUAGAUAUAAAGUAAGUUGGUAAAAGGAUUAAGAAAUCAAAUAAGAAAAAAGAAAAAGUAAUACAAAAUAAAAUAGUUUUAAUAAACAAAAUAACACCAAUAAUGGAACUUAAAGAAACAAUUCAAUAAAUAGGGAUGAAAACAAAGGUAGUAAUUUGGAAAAAGACCUUUUGUUAUCAGAAAAAGUGAAAAAUGAAAAGGAAUAAUCAUUAAGUAAAAUAUUAAAAACAAUAAACAAUUCUAAAUAGAAAUAUUUGAAAUGA